CACCAGACACUAAUCCUGAAUCCUGUGCUUUGUCCUGCUUCCACCUUGCUUCCUUCACUCCCACCCAACAAUUCCCCCUUCUCUCAUUCAAAUCCCUACCAAACAAAUUUCACUUCAUUUUUUCAGAAACAAAAUAUUCUUAUAUAAUAACUCUAUUCAAUUGCUUUGGCUUUUAACCACACCUAUGGCUUCUGCAUUGCAAGCAAAUGUUGCUGCAAACACGUGCACGUUUUCUGCUGCCAGAAGCUUCUUCUCUUUGAAGAACCAAAGAGCUUGUCACAGGCGAAGUUCUUGCUUGUUCAUAGUGAGAGCUUCUUCAUCUGAUGACUCUGAUUGCAAUGAUGAAGAGUGUGCUCCUGAUAAGGAAGUUGGAAAGGUCAGUAUGGAAUGGUUAGCAGGGGAGAAGACUAGAGUAGUGGGUACGUACCCUCCUCGGAAGCAAGGCUGGACUGGCUAUGUUGAGAAGGACACUGCUGGGCAGACAAACAUAUAUUCUGUUGAGCCAGCAGUUUAUGUGGCAGAAAGUGCAAUAAGUUCAGGAAAUGCAGGCUCUUCUUCUGACGGAGCCGAAAACACAGCAGCAAUUGCUGCAGGCCUUGCCCUGAUUUCAGUUGCUGCAGCAUCAUCCAUAUUGCUCCAAGUUGGUAAGAAUAGUCCACCACAGGUGCAGACACUGCAAUACUCUGGACCAUCACUUAGUUACUACAUCAACAAGUUCAAGCCACCGGAAAGUGUUCAAGCAUCGGCACCCGCCAAGAUUGAAGUAUCAUCACCAUCAGAACCUGUCCAACCUGAAAGUUCGCCAGAAGUAGUUUCUGAAGUUCAGGUUGAACCUGAAGUUCUAAAAGAGUCCUCAAGUGAGAACACAGUGUCAUAGGGUGAUUGAACUUAUAUCAUUCCUUUUGUUGCAAAGAAAAAAAAUAUAUCAGAGCGCUGUAUUUUCUGCCAAUAAUUUUUUUUAAAGUAUUUGACAUUGUGGCUUAUUGACUCAUUGUAUACUUGACUAUAUGUUAAUGAUGUAUUGAAAUGAAUUUAGCUAGUAAUUGAGUGUGUA